UUUAAUUUUUUACUUACGGCAUCGACACUUGAAAACGAGUGGUGACUUGUAAAAGUGACGCCUAAUAGCUAAGAAUGUGUUACCUGGUACUGCACACCAAAUGCCAUACGUAGUCUUCUUUAUUCUAUUUUUUUAUUUUUAAAUUGAUAGUGGAGUAAGUCACAAGUCAAGUCACAAAAGUCACUCUUAAAUUCACUUUUUAAAUUCAUAUAUUUCUUGUUACAUUCAAAGUUUCAACAUGUAACAUUGAUUUAGGUGUUUAUAAAUCAUUUUCAAUUACUGUUGUAGAGUUCAGUUGUCGUAGAUCAUAACGGUUGUGGAAACACAAUUUUUAUCAACUUUUGAACAACAAAUAGGAGAUUAGAAAAUAAGCGAUCAAUAUUAUUUCCUAUGAAUUUGGUUGAAGGUCACAGCGAAAAAUACGUAAAACUGUCAUGCGACGGAGGUUGGGUGAGAAAGAAAUGUGUUACAUCAUUAUCAAGUAGGUAGAAUUUCCGCAAGGCUUGAGAAAGGGUGAGAAAAAGUCGUAUAAAACGAGAGAGGAAAGGCCACAGACAUUAGUCGAGUGAGCAUCUCCCACACGGUAACAACUGCACCAACUGUAUCCUUCGUCGUAAAACCAAUUCGCAAAUAUGAUUAACUAUGGCGUCGUGCUGCUGCUGGAUGUUGUAUCUGCCUGUGAUGUGCCAGGAUUCAGUCGAUGGUCCUCUGAUGAUAGGGUCUUUGAGCUGAGUCUCUACCAGCCACAACGCUACGACCAUUUACUUAACCGAAGCCCCCAAGUACUACACCGAAAGACGGAAUAUUACACAUUCACUUUCGCUGCCCCAGUUUUCUACACCGAGGAACCAAAGUAUUACUCUGCUUCAUGCUACUAUUCAACUGAGGCUCCUGUGCACUUCACCACCAGCAACGCCCCUGAUUAUUACACGACAACUAAGGCUGCCCCUCACUACUACACUGAAGCUCCGAAGUCCUACAUCAUCAAGUCACUAUUUCCAUCAAGGCCUGAUUGCAAUCAUGGUUGGCUGUGGUGUCGUGCUGCUGUGGAGUGUUGUAUCGUUGAUGACUGAGUCGACCAUUGGUGUACCGAUGUCUCCUGAGGAUGCUGGAUGCGAAAUCGCAGCGCCGUCGCCUAAUCACAAGACAACAUGGGUGACAACCAGUUAGGCAGUUACUACACCAAGGCAUUGGACGACUAUUCGACUACUCUACAACCUACGCUGCUCCAACUUACUACCUCGAGGCCACCUAACGUUACUCCUCUCCCAGCUACUAGACCGAGGCUCCAGUUUAUUACAUCACCGAGGCACACUAGUACACAGAGCAUCCCAAGCACUACACAAACACAUCACCGGAGUACUACACAACUACGUAUGCUGCCCAAGCUUACUACACCAAGGCUUCCAAGUAUUCUCUGCUACCAGCUACUACACCGAUGCCCCAAAAUACUACCCUUCCCCUAGCUACAUACUCGCAACUGAUCCGGUCAAGUACUACCCAUCACCUACUUACUGCGCAGCGGCUGCUCCAUCUUACUACGUUGAUCCUAACUACUACACCAUGAUCUACGCUGCUCCAGGCUACUACACUGAAGCUCUGUUAAUUACACGGCACUCGACUAUGAAACCACUGCUUCCGCUUCUCCGACCUACUACACCGAAGCAUUACUCUUCCCCGAAUUACUGCAAUAUUAAGGCACUUGCAUAUUACACCACAACCUACGCUUCCUGCCUACUACGAGGAGGCCUUUAAUGUGUGAUUUAAAAUGUCGUUUCAUGUUCAGAAAUUGUGACAUCUUAAUAAUUAUUGUCAAUUGAAAUCGAUUGUUAAUUUUAAAUGAGCCAACCGGAAAAAUAAAAUUUUUAAUGCGAGAA